AUGGAGAAUUUUUUGACUAUAAAUGAAAAACUAGAAGAUUUCUUUGUUAUAAAUGAAAAGAAUAAAGAUCAAGAAUAUUUUAUAGGUGAAGCUUCAAAUAAUUUUAUGAAUAAAGGAGCUAUAAAUUCUGAAUUUGAAAUAAGUUUGUUAAAAGAUUUUGUUGAAGAUAAUAAAUUCGAAUCAGAUGAUUUACAAGAAAUUGAUAGUCUGGAUGAUGAAAAAGAAAAUAGUGAUCUUAUACACAAAAAUUCACUAUUGUAG